AUGGCUAGCUUGAAAAAGGUUGGCCAAGAUGGCAGGUUGAAGGGAUCCACUACUUUUCAAGUUGUGGCGGCAAAAAUAUGGAAGGCGAGGAGCAUCGCGCUUAACAUGCCAGACGAAAAAACUUCUGCCAUUUUUUCCAGUCUGAUGUUUGCAAAGGCGUUGUGCCCCAAGCCCCACCAGGGUUUGCUGGCAAUGCAUUGGUCGUCUUGCCUUGUGAGGAAGGUGCAAGAAAGGGUGGAGAGAUUGGAUGAUGAGUAUGUGAGGUCAGGGAUAGAUUGGUUAGAGGUGAAUAGAGGGGUGCCUUGUGGGGAGGAGGACAGCUUCUCACUUGUAACAUGGUGGAAAUUAGGGUUAAAGCAAGAUGAGUUCUCAUGGGGAAAAGUUAAGUGCGCCACUUCGGUUCUACUAAAGCCGGGCCUUGUCAUGCUUUUGCUGAGACUGGCCAGUGGCAACGGAGGCCUUAGCAUUUGCCUGGGACUGCCUGAUGAUCAAAUGGAGAUGUUUCGCAGGUUGAUGAUGGAAGAAUAA